AUGAUGGCGGCCUUAGCGGCCGGAGGCUACGCGCGGAAUGAUACGGCCGAGAAGCUGUUUUCUGUCAUGGCGGGAGUUCCGGCGCGGAGAAACCAGUCCUCGCCGCCUCCUGCCCCACCGGUCUGCCUCCGGCGGCGGACGCGACUCGCCGCGGCGCCCGAGGACACGGUGCAGAACCGGGUGACCCUUGAGAAGGUACUUGGCAUCACAUCUCAGAACAGUAGUGGGCUAACCUGUGACCCUGGUACAGGCCACGUGGCCUAUCUAGCAGGCUGUGUGGUGGUGAUUUUGAACCCCAAGGAGAACAAGCAGCAGCAUAUCUUUAAUACUGCCAGGAAGUCUCUGAGUGCGCUAGCCUUCUCCCCAGAUGGGAAGUACAUAGUAACAGGGGAGAAUGGGCACAGGCCAGCCGUGCGCAUCUGGGACGUGGAGGAGAAAACUCAGAUGGCAGAGAUGCUGGGCCACAAAUAUGGCGUGGCCUGUGUGGCCUUCUCACCCAACAUGAAGCACAUCGUGUCCAUGGGCUACCAACACGACAUGGUCCUCAAUGUCUGGGACUGGAAGAAAGACAUCGUGGUGGCCUCCAACAAGGUGUCGUGCAGAGUCAUUGCCCUCGCCUUCUCUGAAGACAGCAGGUAUUUUGUCACCGUUGGGAAUCGGCAUGUGAGGUUUUGGUUCUUGGAAGUCUCCACAGAAGCAAAGGUGACAGGCACAGUGCCCCUGGUAGGGCGCUCAGGCAUCCUGGGUGAGCUGCACAACAACAUCUUCUGUGGUGUGGCCUGCGGCCGGGGCCGGAUGGCAGGCAAUACCUUCUGUGUGUCCUACUCGGGCCUCCUCUGCCAGUUCAACGAGAAGAGGAUGCUGGAAAAGUGGAUCAACCUGAAGGUCUCGUUGUCUUCCUGCCUCUCUGUCAGUGAGGAGCUGAUCUUCUGCGGAUGCACAGAUGGGAUAGUCCGUAUCUUCCAGGCCCACAGCCUGCACUACCUCUCCAACCUGCCCAAGCCGCACUACCUUGGAGUAGAUGUAGCACAGGGUCUGGAUCCCAGCUUCCUCUUCCACAGAAAAGCAGAAGCAGUCUACCCAGAUACAGUGGCGCUGACUUUUGACCCCAUCCACCAGAGGUUGUCCUGUGUUUACAAGGACCACAGCAUCUAUAUCUGGGAUGUCAAGGACAUCAACAAAGUUAACAAGAUGUGGUCAGAGCUCUUCCACAGUUCUUUCGUCUGGAAUGUGGAGGUAUACCCUGAAUUUGAAGAUCAGAGGGCUUGCCUGCCGUCCGGGUCUUUCCUGACUUGCUCCUCCGACAACACCAUCCGCUUCUGGAAUAUGGGUAGCAGCUCUGACACUCAGUGCCAGAAAAACAUCUUCAGCGAUACCCUGCUGAAGGUAGUGUAUGUGGAGAAUGACAUCCAGCACCUACAGGACAUGUCCCACUUCCCAGACCGGGGCAGUGAGAAUGGGAUGCCCAUGGAUGUGAAAGCCGGGGUUCGAGUCAUGCAGGUCAGUCCUGAUGGCCAGCACUUGGCUUCAGGCGACCGAAGUGGAAAUCUGAGGGUCCAUGAGCUGCAUUUCAUGGAUGAGCUGAUCAAGGUGGAGGCCCAUGAUGCUGAGGUGCUAUGCCUGGAGUACUCCAAGCCUGAAACAGGAGUGACCUUGCUGGCCUCAGCCAGUCGGGACCGACUCAUCCAUGUGCUGAAUGUGGAGAAGAACUACAACCUGGAGCAGACUCUGGAUGACCACUCCUCUUCCAUCACAGCCAUUAAGUUUGCUGGCACCAGAGAUAUCCAGAUGAUCAGCUGUGGGGCCGACAAGAGCAUCUACUUUCGUAGUGCCCAGCAGACCUUGGACGGACUGCACUUUGUCCGUACCCACCACGUAGCAGAGAAGACCACCUUGUAUGACAUGGACAUUGACAUCACACAGAAGUACGUGGCUGUGGCUUGCCAAGACCGCAAUGUGAGGGUAUACAACACUGUGAACGGCAAGCAGAAGAAGUGCUACAAGGGCUCCCAGGGUGACGAAGGGUCCCUGCUGAAGGUCCACGUGGACCCCUCAGGCACCUUCCUGGCCACAAGCUGCUCAGACAAAAGCAUCUCAGUGAUUGACUUUUACUCUGGUGAAUGUGUUGCCAAGAUGUUUGGCCAUUCAGAAAUCGUCACUGGCAUGAAGUUCACCUAUGACUGCCGUCACUUGAUCACGGUAUCUGGAGACAGCUGCGUGUUCAUCUGGCAUCUGGGCCCAGAGAUCACCUCCUGCAUGAAGCAGCACUUGAUGGAGAUCAACCACCAGGAGCAGCAGCGGCAGCCCAAGGACCAGAAGUGGGACAGCCACACCAGCCAGGAGACAUAUGUGACCUUGCCCAGCAAGAUUGGCUCCCUGAGCCCUGGAGAACAGACAGAGGAUGAGAUGGCAGAGGACUGUGACCCAGAAGAACUGCUGAAAACGCCUUCCAAAGAGAGCUUGGAUCCAGAUCCUCAGUGCCUGCUGACCAACGGCAAGCUGCCACUCUGGGCAAAGCGGCUGCUAGGAGAUGAUGAUGCAGAUGGCUCAACCUUCCACGCCAAGCGUAGCUACCAGCCGCAUGGCCGUUGGGCAGAGCGAGCUGAGCAGGAGCCCCUCAAGACCAUCCUGGAUGCCCAGGCCCUGGAUUCCUACUUUACACCCAUGAAGCCUGAGGGUCUGGAGGACUCUAUUCUGGACACAGUGGAACCACAGAACCUAUCGGGUCUACUGAGCGAGUCAGAGAGUCCCCAAGAGAACAGUGGUGGACAUUCCUCCUUCCUGCCUCUACAGAGGAAAUCCACUGAGACAAGGGAACUCAUCCUCCACUCCCCAGAGGUAGAGGCAGAAGUGACAGUCACAGAAAUAUGUAGUGAGUACUGCCAGAAGGAAGCAGAGGCAGAGCCUGAAGACCAGCAAGGCGACCCCUACCUCAGAGUUUCCUCCAUCAGCUCAAAGGAUCAGAGCCCACCUGAAGAUUCUGCAGAGUCAGAGGCCGAGUUGGAAUGCAGUUUCACCAAUGUCCAUUUCUCAGCUCCACAACCUAACCCUGACCCUGGUCUCCCCAUGAUGAUCCCCAAUGAGGCAGAACUCCCAAGUACAGAAGAGCUGUCCCAUUCUGAGGUGCCGGGCUUGGCCAGUGGCUCCUUGCCCCAGACCCCUGAGCAGGAGAAGUUCCUCCGCCACCACUUUGAGACGCUUACGGAUGCCCCUGCUGAAGAGCUCUUUCAUGGAUCACUGAGAGAUAUAAAGCUCUCAGAGGCUGAUGACUAUUUCUUCAAUCCCCGGCUGAGUAUCUCCACCCAGUUUCUAUCACGCCUCCAGAAGACGUCCAGGUUCCCUCCCCGGCUGCCCCUGCACCUUGUAAAGUCUCCAGAGGUCAAGUCUACAGGCCAAGCGGGUAGCCAACCCAAAGCAGGGCUCCUGAGAGCAGGUACUGGCUACACCUCCCCAGACAAGACUGAUGUCCUCUCAGGGCAGAAGGCUAAGGAGACUCGAGAGGCCUGGUACCCACCCACCCCUUCCUUCACAGGCCUGGCAUCCCACAUCCCUUCUUCCUCCGUGCCACCCGCAGACAGGAAGCCUCCAACAUCCACGUCUGUACCUGCCCUAGGCCUGGAUCAGGGUGUCUGCACCCCUUCUACCUGUUCUUACUUGGACACCACAACUAGCUCCCGUGCCAAAAUGUCACGUAGCAACUCCCUUGGGGACAGUGAGAGCCCUGUGACAGCUGAGCUGUCCAGGCCACUCCAUAGGCCCUCAUCCAUGGGGGAGCUGGCUUCCCUGAGCCAGGACCUCAAGGCCAUCCCUGCCACAGUGACACCCGCUUCUAGCAGUGAGGGUCAAGAGCCUACUCUGCCUUCCUGGGGCAACCAUGAGGCCCGGGCCAGCCUGAAACUGACCUUGUCCAGUGUCUGUGACCAGCUCCUGUCUCCACCCCCACUGGAGCCACCCACCACAUGUAUAUGGUCCCAGGAGCCUCUAGAUACCCAGCUUGGUAUGGCGGACACAGCAGCCCGCUUCCCAGUCCCUAGCCCUGUAGAUAUGAGCACCCUGAGGCUCCACAGCUCUACAUUUCUCCCUAAGGCCCUAGUCUUUAGGCCCCUUGCUCCUUCUGCCCACCACAAUAGCCCCCAACUUCCAGAGUCCAGGCCUGGGGUCCCUGGUAGCACCACCUCUCUCCUGGAGCCCAGCCCUGAUGUACCCAACAUGGCCCAGGAUAGCCCAGGACACUGUGGGGAACCCUGGAUGCCAAUUGAGGUGCUGUCCCCAGCACCCCUUGAGCUGGGUAGUGUGGAAGCCAUCUUGCACAGGCUGAAGACUGCCUUCCAAGAAGCCCUUGACCUUUACUGCAUGCUGGCCUCCAGCAAGCAACUGGGCCCCAAGCAGCAGCAGGCACAGACUGAGCUGGCCUCCACCUUCCACUGGAUCCACAGCCAGCUGGAAGCUAGAAACUGGCUGGCUGAAGCCGACUUAACCCCACCCCAGACACUGCCCAGCCCAGAGCCCCCAGCCCCACCUACACUGUGUCCCCUGGCUAGCACAGACCUGCAGGCCCUGCUAGAACACUACUCAGAACUGUUGGUGCAGGCUGUGCGGAGGAAGGCACGGGGGGACUGAGCCCACAGUCCCUCCACUACAGCCCUGCUGCUCUGAAGAAAUCUAUUUUUUAAGCCAAAUAAACUGACAGUGGU